AUCCACACACAAUCCGUGUGAUAUGGAGACAAGCGACCAUCUGAUUAUACUUACUGUACAGUGUGUUACGGUACCAGCAAAUUAUAUACAUUUUGACCCCUAAACAACAAGAAUGCUACAUAUCAUAUACUAAUGAUCUUGAUUUUCUCAAUUGGCAUAACGGUUAAAUAAUCUUUGUUGAUUGGUGUUAUAAUCUACCAGCAUGGCAUCCCCUUCACCACCAUCUCAUGGUUUCCAUGCCAACGGGGCCUCCUUGAGUGACAUCAUAAUGAUGGAGCUAUGUGAACACCUCCAUCCCAAUGAUUACCGUCCUCUUGGUAUCCGUCUUGGAUUCACUGAAAACAGACUAUCUCAGAUCGAACGAUCGCAUCUUGGAGUGAUAUCGGAAUGUUUUUAUAGAAUGUUGACCGAAUGGAAAAGGCGGGAAGGACACGAAGCCAAGCCACAGAUUCUUAUCCAAUCUCUGAGAGACAGCAAGAACUCAGAAGCAGCAGAUUGGUUGCAAUCAGAACUUGGACUUUGCAACGCUGCUUUACGGACCAUAUCAGUUGAAGAUAAACUGAAUGAAGGUAACGUUCCUGCCUUGCCUGACUGUUUAACAGAGAGACCAGCAGAAUUAGCUGAACUGAGGUGUAAACUACGUAGAGUUGCUUCUUCAAAUAAACCUAGUCGAUGGGUGGUGGUGUAUGGUAUGGGAGGAAUGGGUAAAACUGUCUUGGCUAAUCAGGCUGUCAGAGAUGAUAAACUUGUAGAAGAGCAUUUCUCGGACGGAAUAUUCUGGAUGUCUAUGGGUACGGUGAAGGAGGAGACUAGUAUUCCUGAUCGUCUAGAGACAUUGUGUCGAAUCUUUGACAGUAAUCUAUCAUCAGCUCCUUCUCCUCCAAAGACAACAGAACAAUGGAAGAAUCUCUUAACUAAACUCAUCAGUCAACGAUAUCCAAGGUCUCUUUUGGUCUUGGAUGACAUCUGGAUUCCAAAUGUGGUGGCAGCAUUUGACGUCCGUAGCACUGUUCUUAUUACUACACGAGAUAGCGGUGUGAUGAGUCGAGUGUCAGGAGACAAAGAAGAGCUUAAUCUGUCCCACGGUCUGUCUAAGGCUCAGUCUACCAAGGCUUUAUCUGAAUGGACGUGUAUCCCACUAGACGAUCUUCCUCCCGAAGCUGAGCUCAUCCACGGUUUCAGCUGCGGAUCACCUCUCGUCAUCUCCAUCGUAGGUGCUCUCCUCCGUGACUUCCCUGAUCGAUGGCAGUUCUAUGUGGCUAAGAUGGAAGCCAAGAAACUCAAGGAUCUCUCCUCAGAAUCCAGCUAUGAAUACAGUAGUGUCUAUGAUGCCAUUGAAAUGAGUGUGGAACAACUGACUAAAGCUCAAAUCGACGUUUACUCUUGGUUUGCAGUAUUUGAUGAAGGUAUCAGACUUUCGAGUCAGGUCUUAGCGAUGCUUGUUGAGUGUUCCAAAGAAGAAGUUGAAGAUAGGAUGAGAGGUAUUACUCAGAGGUCUUUGGUGUCGACAGAAUGGUCUACAUAUGAUGAAUGUCGAGUCUAUUGGAUUCAUGACCUUCUUCAUGAUCAUCUAGUAGCCAGAGGGGCUGCAAAGGACAAGCCUCCGACUGUCUGCAAUGAGUUUAAAUGUCUGCUUACACUCUGUCGAUUCAAAUCAUGUAGAAGAGAUAUUGUCCAGACCGCCUUACAACUCCCUCCUUCAUGUACUGUUUACAGGCGAGCGCUUAGAGUAGCUCAGCAAACAAGAAAUGGGUUUUUCAUCAAAGAACGGACAAAUGACCAACCCUUGAUGACUUGUGUUAGACAUGGGGCCACUGGUAAACCUGCAAAACGGGCCAAACUCCUAUCAGACGGAAAAGAAAUCGUAUCGGUUGGAUAUGAAGGAAGACUUCAGAUUGCCGACAGAUAUUCUGGUGCUGUUCGAUUACUAACAUCAGCUCAUACUGACAGUAUCGGUGACCUAUCGGUUAGUCCUGAUGGAACUCUCCUUGUGACAUCAUGCUCAGCUGAUCGAUGUAUCAAGGUCUGGAAUAUCACAAAGGAAUGCAGCCAGUCACAACGUCUUGUCAAGCAAUUAUGCCAGGAUAGUUCCAGGAUUACCUGUUGUGCUUUCGUUUCCGUCCGCAAUGAAUUGAUGCUAGUAUCAGCAGAUGAUUCAGGUUGCAUCAAGAUAUAUGAUGGAUGUUUUUCAUUGAAGCACUCUGUGAAAGCACACACUCUGUCUAUCAUUUCUUGCAGUGCUUGUCACAGUGAUGGAACUAUUUUAACGUGUGCAAAGAAGGACGACACUGCGAUGGUAUUUUCUGCAUCAACGGGAGAAAGAAAAUGCGAGAUAACACAUUCAGACGAUGUUCUCGAUGCGGAUUAUUUAAGUAAUGGUUUGAUCGUGACAACAACAGGUUUUGACGUUCAGUUAUCUAACAGCAAUGGACGUCGACUUUGUGUAUGGUCUGGUCAUACCGAGCAUGAGUUCUUUGAUAAACUUAGUUGUUGUUCAGGAUCAGAAGGUCAAUUCAUAGCAGUUACCGGCCGAGGAGGAACAAUCACGAUUCUACGAUUGGGAAUGACGUUCCCAAUAUCACGGAAUCUGUCGUUAUUCUGCCGGUUUAGGACAGGAGGAGUCCACCGUGGUAUCAAUCAUGCUUCCAUUUCAACAAUAAAAGGAGGGAAAGGAAGUAAAGAAUCGAUAUUCGUAACAACCACGCUAGAAUGUGGACUAACACCGGUUUGGAAGAUAUCAAAACAGGAUCCACCUGUUACUAUGAAUUACGCAAUCUGGGAUGCUUCCUUUGACCACAAAGGAGAGUUAAAUUGCAUCGUUGGUAGCGAAAGUCCUGAAUCCAAACAGAUAGUGAUGGUGAAUUUCUCGGAGGAGAAAAACUGCUUCAAUUCUUGCACCAAAGUACUGAAGGUAGGAGAGAAAGUGGAUAUAUAUGCCAUUGAUAUCAACCAAGCACCAGGACAGGUUGGUGUGGUAACAGAUGAAGGCUUACAGGUUAUAAAUCUUCCGAAACCGGGGAAAAAUCGUAGCAAAUCGACGAAUGAUUGUCAAGUCUUUGAGCCAUCAGAAAACAAGAUUUUACUUGCUCGGACUGUUGUUAGUAAGCGAGAACUUCUUACGGUCUCCACCGGAUCAGGGAUAUGUAUUGAGGUUUGGUCAACGGAUAAACAACCAUCAGUGGUUUCCAGUAGUCCCCUAAUGACAUCACAUCAGGGUCUCUCUGCCGAUUUAUCACGUGAUCAAACAAAUCUUGUUGUUGGCUGCUCUGAUGGAACUGCUUUCCUGUACAAGAUGUCUGAUGGGAGGCUAUGUGAAGGAGAGCCAACGCGCUUGCAGGGUCCAGCAAGUCGGGUGAGCCAUACACAGUUUUCAUCGGAUGGAAAACUAUUACUACUAGCUGGCUGGAAACAUCUUAAGGUCUAUGACGUAAGUACCCUGCAAGAGUUAAGCAGUAUCACAGACGAGAUGCCUAUUACGAUUGCAAAGUUUAUUUUGGAUUCCACCAUGAUAUUAACCGCGACCGGGGGUGUAUUAAAGGCAAGAUCGGCGAGAGAUGGUAAGACGAAAUGCACGAGAAAGAGUUACACUCAAGUGAAUAACAUCCAGGUUUCAUCAGAUGGGUCAAUGUUUGUUACGACGGGACACGUUAGAACCUUUGAUCAUGGUUACAUCGAGUGGUGGAGAACAGAAGAAGAAGGAAAUCUUGUGCUAUUGCAGAGAUUCCGACUGAGUAGCCGUGUAAAACGAAUUGUGUGCAAUCCCCAGUUUUCUUCAUUCAUCACAGUAGACGAGCUGGGACAAUUGUUCCUUUUGGAAAGAAUAAACACAAAUCAAUGAAAUGAAAUGGAAGAAACUUACACAAAGGAAUAUGAAAAUAUACAUGUGAAGAAAUUAGAUUUUGAAUCCGUGCCCUGUAAGUUGAGACGACAUUAGAUGCUGGAAUUAUGACGUCCAAUAGGUAAUGCGUUGUUCUUCUAUUGCUACGCAUCAUCCAUGUUUUGAACGGAUAAGUAUGAUAUGAUACUAAAUGUUGAUCUGGCAAACGUGAUAAUUUUGUUUUAAAUUGAUGUCUCACCGUAGAGGGUUUCCACAGUAAUCGAGAAAAUGGCAAAUUGACAUUUGGUCUAAACCUGCUUCGUCUAAUUUGAGUUUCUACUCAUUCCACAAGGUCUUGUACUAGUACAUAUA